UCAAGACAGGGAGCUUUUAAAAAUGGCGGCCGCUCCGCUACCGCAGGUGCCCGAUAAAUUAAAGUCAGUGCUUCCUUACGUAAAAAUAGCAGCCGAGCAUGACUCCAGAGACCCAGUCAUCGCCUACUGGUGCCGACUCUAUGCGCUGCAGACUGGUAUGAAGGUGGACAGAUCUUCCUCUGAAAGCAGGGGAUUCCUCAUGGCCUACAUGGAUUGGUUGGAGAAGGAAAAAGCCAAGAGGAAAGAUGAAGAAGCCAUCAAUAGUGACGUCGUUGCCCAGGCACACAUUGAGACUAGAGCACUGAAGCUAUUUCUUUGGGCAGAUGGUGAGGACAGGGCAGCGCGCUUUAACAAGAAUGUCAUCAAGGCAUUCUACACAGCUGCAUACCUUUUUGAUGUCCUCACAACGUUUGGAGAACUAACAGACGAGGUUUCCAACCAUCGGAAGUAUGCAAGAUGGAAGGCAGCAUACAUUCACCGAUGCCUCAAGAACGGCGAAGUGCCAGUUCCAGGACCUCUGAAGGGCGAAGAUGAAGGAUUUGAAGAAGACGCUGGUGCUGUCGGAGGCAACCCAAGCCCUUCGAACGGACCAACUGGAGCAGUGGGAGGCAGCGAUGGCUUUCCACCGCUCCCUCCAGGGUUUGCAGUCGGAGGCGCCACUGCCUCUGGAUUCUCAGAGCCUGGUCCCAGCAGUGCCCGGUCAAGUUACGGUGACCACCAGCCUAUGCCAUCGUCCCUUCCUGUUCCCACCCCAGGGUCUCAGGCCCCCCCUUCUACACCUAGCGGUUCCACGCAGCCUUCACCGUCAAUAGCACCGAUUGAUGACAUUCGGGCUGCAAAUGGCGUGGCUUUGAACUCGGAAGACUUUCUCAAAGCUCAGAAGUACUGCAAGUUUGCCGGCAGCGCGCUGCAGUAUGAAGACGUUCCAACAGCCAUUGAAAACCUGCAGAAAGCACUCAGGUUGCUUACCACAGGCUCGGAGGGACCCUGAUGGCUCCGCUUUCAGGACCCGAAGACAUGACCUCGUGACGCUCCCCUUCCCACUUGAACAUCUAGCCUAGGACGGUCCCCACCCUCCUCUUCGAACAACCGUCCCUCAGCGUCCCGCUAUGUCUGGUGCAAAGUCAUUUUGUGUCUGUGUUUGUAGCCACCUUAGAGCUUGCUUCUGCUGCAAGACCUUGGCCCUCUCGCGUCAUUAGACUGGGCGCAUCUCGCCUGUUUCUAUUCUGUUUUUCUUUUUUGCUUUCUCUUUAGUGGGCAGACGGAAGUUGUGAGGCAUUCUUGCAUGCAGUCAGCGCACAGCUAGUUUUGUCAAAGACGAUGUGGGGAUUGGAGACCAAUGAUCUGGCCAGCGACUGUUGCUUCACAUUGGCUAUAGGCAGGUAAACUCAAGCACUUGUGAUAGCAUGUAUGUGUUGUCAGAGGAUUAUAUAGACAGCAUCUUCAUUUGGCAGGCUGCUCUAAUUUAUGUAAAUUGUCCAUGCAAAUGAAUUUUGUCGGUUUGCUUCUACCUCUUUGUAGUUUAUUGUUCAGCUGGUAUUGGUCAAGUGUUCAUGGCUCGCAUGUUUGGUCAGUUUUUAACAUGUUGCUACGAUGCACUUGUUGAUCUUGCUUGACACAAUGAUUUGAUGCACCUCCUUUCCAUACUAUACGAGGAGCUUACAGUAAACACGCUAAAAUUGGGCUCAAACGAGCGUGGAACAGGCUGAAACAUGGUUGCUGAUGUGAUUGCCUGCAGUGUUACAUUGAAAUGAUUGACGUUGGCUUUCAAUUUGCACUUUGAUUUCAGUUGUCUGCUGCUGUUCCUGUAUUAAUGCUAAAGAGAUUAAAUUGUUUUAGGAGACGUCUUAGUCUUUAUAGUUCAAUUAGUGAACAGUUGCAGCAUCUUUAACACUGUUAGUACCUAGCACCAAUGGAAUAAGGUGACUCCGAUAAGCCACUACUGUCUUAUUUUUUUCAUAUUUAGUGAAUACAAGUGGCAUGCUGGCAUGCUAUCAUUGGCUGUAUAAUUCAUGGAGCACAGCUUUCAACGUUCACGCAGUUCAAAGUGUGCAGCAGUUAAGGAACUCGUCACUUUUCUGCUUUUUGCUACUACUAUUUUAAUACUGGAGACAGAUAUUCUGAUGCUAAGGAAAAUUAGUUGUACUAAUAGCAAAGCUAUAUGUGAUGCAAGUCUUUGAUGAAGGAGAAACCGUAGUAGCACUUGUAGAGUGGUAAAGAAGAAAUGAAAAGGAGCGUUGUCUGCCGAUCCGGACAUACCGAGGUAAUUUAUUUUCUUAUCUUUUUGUGCUUGCCUGUGCCUACAUUUUUGCACUGAAUGGUGAAAAACAGUGUCCUUUGGAUACUUUAUUUUUGUGUUGUAUACCAAUUUGUGCGGAAUUAUUCUUGCGAGGUAUACAUUGACUUGGUAUGAACAAGUGAGUUGUGCCGGAGAAACAGAGCUUCGUUUUUAAAGAAAAUGUAUCUUUGGGAAUUUUUCUUCAUUUCUGAAUAAACUGUGUAAGCACAGGU